UCUGCCUUAGGUUCAGACGGGCACCUCGGAGCUGGUUCCGCCUUCUCGCAGUGUUACGGGCUUCUGUAUCCCGGUUGCCAUCCGGAUCCUGCUGUCGAGCUGAGGCCGUGUGCCAUGGACUUCUCCAAGUUCUUGGCUGACGACUUCGACGUGAAGGAGUGGAUCAAUGCGGCCUUCAAGGCUGGCCCCAAAGAGGCGCCUGCGGGAAAGGCGGAUGGCCACGCGGCCACGCUGGUGAUGAAGCUGCAGCUGUUCAUCCAGGAGGUGAACCACGCCGUGGAGGAAACAAGUCACCAGGCUCUUCAGAACAUGCCCAAAGUGCUCCGUGAUGUGGAAGCCCUUAAACAGGAGGCAUCUUUUCUGAAAGAACAGAUGAUUCUUGUCAAGGAGGACAUUAAAAAAUUUGAGCAGGACACAUCGCAGUCCAUGCAGGUGUUGGUGGAAAUUGACCAGGUGAAGUCCCGGAUGCAGCUUGCUGCUGAGUCUCUUCAAGAAGCAGACAAGUGGAGCACGCUGAGCGCUGAUAUCGAGGAGACAUUUAAGUCUCAAGACACAGCUGUGAUCUCUGCCAAGCUAAUCGGUAUGCAGAACAGCUUAAUGAUGCUUGUUGACACUCCAGACUACUCGGAAAAAUGUGUGUACUUGGAGGCUCUGAAGAACAGGCUGGAGGCCCUGGCCAGCCCCCAGAUUGUGGCAGCCUUCACCUCUCAGUCUGUCGAUCAGUCCAAAAUAUUUGUGAAGGUCUUUUCUGAAAUCGACCGGAUGCCCCAGCUCCUGGCCUACUACUACAAGUGUCACAAGGUGCAGCUUCUAGCAGCCUGGCAAGAGCUGUGCCAGAGUGAUCUUCCCCUGGACCGGCAGCUCACCGGCCUCUAUGAUGCCCUCCUUGGUGCUUGGCAUACCCAAAUCCAGUGGGCCACGCAG